UUCCACUGAGCUCAGGAAGCCAGCGACAUGGUCCUGACCUUGGGUUACUGGGACAUCCGAGGGGUGUGGGGUGUGUGUGAGCAUGAAGGGAAACCUUAAAGGCGUCGGUGCAAGAUGUUGCCUGGAGUGGACAAAGUCGGGAUCGCCUUCCUCCACACUCCCCUUGACCUCUGACCUUUCUUCUGGCCUCUCUCCCAGCUAGCUCACACCAUCCGCCUGCUCCUGGAAUACACAGGCUCACACUAUGAGGAGAAGAUGUACACCAUGGGCGACGCUCCCGACUAUGACAGAAGCCAGUGGCUGAGUGAAAAGUUCAAGCUGGGCCUGGACUUCCCCAAUCUGCCCUACUUAAUUGACGGGGAUCGCAGGAUCACCCAGAGCAACGCCAUCCUUCGCUACCUCGCCCGCAAGCACAACCUGUGUGGGGAGACAGAAGAGGAGAAGAUUCGCAUCGACAUUUUGGGGAACCAGAUUCGGGACACCCGCAUGAACCUGGCCAUGGUCUGCUACAGCCCUGACUUCGAAAAGCUGAAGCCCGACUACCUGAAAGGACUCCCCGAGACGGUGACCCAGUACUCCCAGUUUCUGGGGGAGAGGCCUUGGUUUGCAGGGGACAAGGUCACCUACGUGGACUUCCUGGCCUACGACGCCCUUGACCGACUGCGUGUCUUUCAGCCCACGAGUCUAGAUGCCUCCCCGAACCUGAAGGCCUUCCUCAGGCGAUUUGAGGGCCUGCCGAGGAUCUCCGCCUACAUGAAGUCCAGCCGCUACCUCCCACACCCUAUGUAUCUGAAGAAUGCUGUGUGGGGUAACAAGUAGACCCAGGAGGCCGGGACAUGGA